AUGCUAGGGGCCGCCUUUAGGGUUGAAAACACCAAGAAGAGGCUGUCCAAAGUUGCUGGAAAAUGGCAGCCACUCGAGGGGUUGCUGUCCGUGGCUACUACCACCAUGAAUGAUGUGGAAGUAACAGCAGGCGAUACUGUCCAGAAUAUCAAAUCCAUGAUUCAGGAAGAGGAGGGGGUUCAGGCAGAUACAUUCACUCUCAUGUAUGACGGAUGUCUACUUGGAGAUGAUACGCUCUGGCUUCCUUCAACAGCUUGUGGCAUACCAGGAUCUGACAAGUUACAACAUCAAGAACACUCCACUCUCCAUAUAAUUCAGCGUCUCGUCGAGGGUAGGGGGGACAAGAAUGCAUGCCUUGGUAAAUGA